AUGGGUUGCCUCCACGCUUUUCCGGGUCCUUCGGGUCAAACGUCACCAAGCCCUGGGGUGGGAGUGAUGUGUGACGUGGGCGUGGUCAGAACGCUGCUCCUCUCCGCGUCACAAACUGCGCUCCUAGAGCCCUCUUACUAUCUAGGCCUCCCUUCUGAAGUGGGUGAGAUGGCGCUGGAGGGGUUCCCAGCUGAGACCCUAUGGAGAAGCUGCAAUUUCGUUAUGGCCACCUUCUUCUCGCUGGCUGCCUAUGUACAGAUAAAUGACCCAGAUGCAGAACUGUGGAUGGUUAUAUACAUGAUACCUGCUAUCCUUACUCUACUUGUUGGACUUAAUCCUCUGACCACAGGCAAUUUUAUCUGGAAGAGCCUUACCAGGCUACACUUAUUCCUUUGCACUCUGAGAACAAUUAACUUGGGCUUCUACCUCUUCCUUCAUAUGGACAGGAACAUCUUACAUGAGGAGGAAGGCAGGGAGCUGUUUGGACUUGGGAUUAUUAUAGUAUGGCUGAGUCUUUGCCACAUCUCAACAAAAAAUCCAACUGGUAGAAGAGUUCAAAUGGUUGUUGCCAUUACUAUUUCUCUUUGCCCAUUUAUCGCAUGGGUCUACAUAUAUGUAAACAAAGAGACACGUUCCACAUGGCCAACACACUGCAAGACAGUCAUUUAGAUGAAUUUUAUCAUCUAUUUCACAAAAUGGAUAUUUUCAUAAAUCUGUUAUUAAAUUUGAUUACAAACUAGUCAAUUUAAGUAAUAGUUUGAUAUGAUUUAGGAAGUAAUAGUAAAAGAUUUUGGCCCAAGAGCUCUUUAAGAAUUGACUGAUUAUAAUAGUCAUAAGAGUAGAUAGAAAUAAUAAGUCAUUGGAAGCCUUUUCUAAAAAGGAAAGUGCUAUGAGGCAGUGGAAAGAACACUGAACUGAGUCAUGGGUUUUGACUACUAUUCUGAGCUAUUAUUAUAUAGUAAUUGCGAGAUGAGUCAUUUAUUUUCUCUGGGCCCGUUUCUUCAUUUUUAAGAUGGCAAUAACAUUAAAUGUACAACCUCACAAAAUUGUGAAGAAAGCUCUCUCUAAACAGUAAAGAGUGUUAAAAAAAAUGCGCUAUUCAAAAAAUAAUUAAAAAGGAGAAAGGACCUACUUAUACAAAAAUAUUUUUAGCAGCUCUUUUUGUAGUGGCAAAGAAUAGGAAAUUGAGGGGAUGUCCCUGGGUAAUGGCUGAACAAAUUGUGGUACAUGCUGGUGAUAGAAUACUAUUUUUACUAUAAGAAGUGAUAAGAUCAUUUCAGAAAAGGCUGAAAAGAUCUGCAGGAACAGAUGUGGAGUGAAAUAAGCAGAAUUGGGAGAAGAUUGCAUACAGUAAUAGCAAUAUUGUAUGAUGAUCAUCUGUGAAAACUUGGCUAUUCUCAGCAUCGUAAUUAUCUGGGACCAUUCUGAAAGAUAUAUGAUGGGGAAUGCUAUCCACUUCCAGAGAAAGAAGUGUUGGAGUCAUCUUUCACAUAAAUGUUUUUAUGGUUUUAUUUUGGGGUUUUGGUUAUGAGUAUGCUCUUACAAAAAUGACCAAUAUGGAAGAGUGUUUUGUAUGACAAAAAUAAAAUUAAAAAAACAUCAGAAUAAAAAAAAAAACUUGGACCACUACA